AUGUUUUACCCGACAAAUGGUUCUCUUCACCUGGUUGACAGACAACUGGUUCACCUACAACUGAUUGACAGACAACUGGUUCACCUACAACUGAUUGACAGACAACUGGUUCACCCACAGCUGGUUGACAGACAACUGGUUCACCUACAGCUGGUUGACAGACAACAGGUUCACCUACACCUGGUUGACAGACAACUGGUUCACCUACAACUGAUUGACAGACAACUGGUUCACCUACAGCUGGUUGACAGACAACUGGUUCACCUACAGCUGGUUGACAGACAACUGGUUCACCUACAGCUGGUUGACAGACAACUGGUUCACCUACAGCUGGUUGACAGAAAACUGGUUCACCUACAGCUGAUUGACAGACAACUGGUUCACCUACAACUGAUUGACAGACAACUGGUUCACCUACAACAGGUUAACAGACAACUAGUUCACCUACAGCUGAUUGACAGACAACUAGUUCACCUACAGCUGAAUGACAGACAACUGGUUCACCCACAGCUGGUUGACAGACAACUGGUUCACCUACAGCUGGUUGACAGACAACAGGUUCACCUACACCUGGUUGACAGACAACUGGUUCACCUACAACUGAUUGACAGACAACUGGUUCACCUACAGCUGGUUGACAGACAACUGGUUCACCUACAGCUGGUUGACAGACAACUGGUUCACCUACAGCUGGUUGACAGACAACUGGUUCACCUACAGCUGGUUGACAGAAAACUGGUUCACCUACAGCUGAUUGACAGACAACUGGUUCACCUACAACUGAUUGACAGACAACUGGUUCACCUACAACAGGUUAACAGACAACUAGUUCACCUACAGCUGAUUGACAGACAACUAGUUCACCUACAGCUGAAUGACAGACAACUGGCUCACCUACAGCUGGUUGACAGACAUCUGGUUCACCUACAACUGAUUGACAGACAACUGCUUCACCUACAACUGGUUAACAGACAACUAGUUCACCUACAGCUGCAUGACAGACAACUAGUUCACCUACAGCUGAAUGACAGACAACUGGCUCACCUACAGCUGGUUGACAGACAUCUGGUUCACCUACAGAUGGGUGACAGACAGCUGGAUCACCUACAGAUGGGUGACAGACAACUGGUUCACCUACAUAUGGUUGACAGACAACUGGUUCACCUACAGAUGGGUGACAGACAACUGGUUCACCUACAUAUGGUUGACAGACAAUGGUUCAACUACAACUGA